CGCAGGAUGGGCACGUCGCUGCUGCUGCAGCUCUCGGUGCACGAGCGGGAGCUGGACCUCGUGUGCCUCGACCACAGCUACGCCAAGCCCUGGAGCGCGCACCCCGACGCCAGCGCCGCCCGGCCCACCCGCAUGCUCUUCGUCACGCCGCGGCGGCAGCCCGACUGCGCCCUCGAGGCGGACGUGCCCAUCGACGUGGAGACGGUGACGGCGGCGGCGGUGCCGCUCUACGACAACCAGAAGGCGCGCAGCGUGAUGAACGAGUGCGAGCGGCACGUGAUGUUUGCGCGCACGGACGCGGACGCGCCGCCGCCGCCCGACGACUGGGAGGAGCACGUCAACAGGACGGGUUGGACGAUGGCCCAGAACAAGCUCUUUAACAAGAUUCACAAAGCGCUGCAGUCUGACAGGCUGGCUCGCUUGGCCAACGAAGGGGCUUGCAAUGAGCCAGUCCUGAGGAGGAUAGCGGUGGACAAAUGUGCUCGGAGGGUCCGCCAGGCUCUGGCCAGCGUGAACUGGGACACCAAACUGAUCCAGUGGCUUCACACAACAUUAGUGGAGACCCUCAGUUUGCCCGUGUUGGCUGCUUACUUGGAUGCUCUGCAAACGCUUAAAGGAAAGAUCCCCACCCUGAUCGACAGGAUGCUGCUCUCCUCGACCACGAAGACGGGGGCAGCAGGAGCUGAGGCUCUGUCUCUGCUGCUGAAGAGACCUUGGGACCCAGCAGUGGGUGUCUUGUCCCAUAAUAAACCAAGCAAAUUGCCUGGUUCUCCCCUCAUCCUGAUCGCUUCCUCUGGACCCUCCAACUCCAUGUUCCCCACUUCUCGACGGCACCGAUUCUGGCAGUCGCAGCUUUCCUGCUUAGGAAAGGUGAUUCCCAUUGCCACCCACCUGCUGAACAACGGCAGCGGCGUGGGGGUGUUGCAGUGUCUCGAGCACAUGAUCGGGGCGGUGCGAGGCAAAGUGGCCGAGAUUCACAACCACUUCUCGCACAAGCCCAUCAUCCUCAUCGGGUGGAACACUGGUGCCUUGGUGGCUUGUCACGUUUCAGUGAUAGAGUACGUCACUGCGGUUGUGUGCCUUGGCUUCCCUCUCCUAACGGUGGAUGGACCCAGAGGGGAUGUUGAUGAUCCCCUCCUGGAGAUGAAGACCCCCGUCCUCUUCGUGAUCGGUCAGAAUUCCCUGCAGUGCAACAUCGAAGCGAUGGAAGAUUUCCGUGAGAAAAUCCGAGCCGAUAACAGCAUGGUGGUGGUGGGAGGAGCAGAUGACAAUCUCAGGAUAAGCAAAGCCAAAAAGAAGUCCGAAGGCCUGACCCAGAGUAUGGUGGACAGGUGUAUCCAGGAUGAAAUAGCCGACUUCCUGACCGGUGUCCUCACCCGAGCGGAGAGCCACUCGGGCUCCGACCCCCGCGACCUGGACGCCGAGAAGAAGAGGAAGCCGCGCGACUCGACCAGGAGGGACCUGUCCUUUGACUUGCCAGAACGAAGCAGCAGGCCGGCCUCGCCGGCGGCCAAAGUGCCCGCCUCGCCCUCGGGCUCCGAGGAUUUAUCCAGCGUCUCCAGCAGCCCCACCUCAAGCCCCAAGACGAAAAUGGCUGCUGUGUCCUCCAUCCAGAAGCCGAGCCAGAUCUGCAGCACGCAGCUGCUGAAGAGGCCGGUCCCGAGGACGGACACAGUCCUGACGCACAAGCAGGCACAAGCUCAGUUUGCUGCUUUUCUGAAACAAAACAUGCUGGUGAGGAAAGCUCUUCCUCCUGGCACCUCUUCAUGUCUCUUUGUUCCGGUCUCCUCCGAGCCCUCGGAAGGGGCUGAGAAAGACGAUGGGCGCUCGCAGCUGAAGAGGCACCAGCCCCCGAGCCCGAGCCAGUGCAGCAAAUCCGCCAAACGAGCCAAAAUCAAGGUGACCAUUGUCUCGCCCGGAGAUGCUGCCGGUGCGGGGAGCGGAGCGGCCCUCACCGCCCCGCCGCAAAUUGUUGCCGGAAAGCCGGUGCCCGGGGCUGUUGGCCAGGCUGUGCAAGGUGCGAAGGAGCUGUCGGGGCUGCUCACCACCCCAAAGUUGAGCGCGGCGGCGGAGACGUGCGGCGCCUGCACGCCCGGGGCCAUGGCCGGCAGCGCAGCACCCAGCGCUUUCCACGCUCUGCAGAGCAGGCUCGUGGCCAGCGGCGCCCACUGCGUGCAAGCCCAGCCAGCCAGUACCCUCCAAGGAGCAGGGUCUGCCAGCAGCCUGCUGCAAGGGCUGAGCUUCAGCCUGCAGGAUAUCGGCACCAAGUCCCCGGCCAGCGUGCCGGCCGCCGGCUCGCCCGUGCAGAGCUCAGCUGUGAAGACACCCACACCUAUCCAGAACCUGAGCACCAUAACCACGGGCACCGGCACCAUCGUCCGCACCAUCCCCGUUGCCACCUCCUUGUCCCUGGGAGCCUCGGCGAGCGGGAAGCCCACUGCCAUCCACCAGCUGCUCACCAACGGGGGGCUGGCAAAGCUGGCCAGCAGUCUCCCUGGCUUGGCCCAGAUCUCCAACCAGGCAGCAGGCUUGAAGGCCCCGACGACCAUUACUGUGACACUGCGUGGGCAGCCCAGCCGAGUGACCGCGCUUAGCCAGGCUGCCAUGGGCGCCAUCCAGCCUCAGCUCGAGGAGCAGCCCAUGCAGACACAAGCACCACAGUGACCAGCACGAGCCCCAUGAAGACGCUCUACGUCAUGUCGGACGCCAAGCUCUCCG